AUGGAGGGACCACCACUCACCAACUCCUACGCCGCCACCACUACUACAGUCUUCGUCAACAAUGGCGCCACGGGUACCGGCGCCCAACGCGACCCGUUGAACACGGACGCCUGGCUCGUUGGCGGUGGCAUUGCCUCUCUGGCCGCCGCUGUCCAUCUGAUCACUGAUGCUCAGGUGCCCGCGAGUCGCAUUCAUAUCCUGGAGGCGAGCCCGACUCCCGGUGGAUCUAUGGCUGCCGAGGACGAACCCAAGGAUUCAGAUGCCCGUCCUGGUGCCGCUGGCGCCUCUGCGCGUCCAACUUUGCCGCCGGCAAGGAAAGGUUACGUCAUCCGUGCGGCGCGGAAGCUUAACUUUUCUUACCGGUGUUUCUACGACACGUUGUCCAAGGUGCCGUAUCCGUGUCGCUCGAAGACAAAGGCGCAUGCGAAUGGUGCUAAUGGUAGCACCAACGGGGCAGCGGCAGUGGCAGUGGUAGAGGCAGUGGCAGAGGCAAAAGCGAAGGCAAAGGCGGACGUAGAGGGAGAACCAGAGCCAGAGGGAGGGGCAAGCGAGGGGCACGUGGAGCCAGAGCCGGAACCAGCAUCCAAGCAAGAGUCUGAGCCUGAGCAGCAAAAGCAUGAUGAAGAACCGCCGAAGACACUGCUGGACCACAUCCGGAGGAACCGUUCCAGCCCCAAGGAAAGACCGCGCACCAAGAUUCGACUGGUCUCCAUGAAUGAAAACGGUCGCCCUGAAACCGUAGAUACUGCGACCAUGGGCCUGAACCCGCGAGAUCAGGCAGCCCUCAUGGCCUUCAUCCUCCGAUCGGAAGAGAGCCUUGGGAAUGCCACCAUACGGGACUUUUUCGAGCUAGAGUUCUUCGAGACCAACUUUUGGGACAUGGUGUCUACUAUGUACUUGUUUAAGCCGUGGCAUAGCGCCAUCGAGCUACGGCGGUAUCUUCACCGAUUCUUGCACGAGUUUCCCAACAUCAGCACGAUGGCUGGCAUGGAGUACAUGCCGUCGAAUGACUUUGAGGCGGCGAUUGUCCCUUUAGUGGCCUACCUUAGGGAGCAGGGUGUUGACUUUCAAUACGGAACCACGGCACAAACCCUCAAAUUCGCGCCCAACACGAGAGACAUGAUCGUGUCGGGCAUAGCUGUCCACCGAGAGAACUCAGAUCUCAUCAUCCCCGUACGGCCAUCCGAUAUCGUGCUGAUCACGCUCGGCUCCAUGGCUUCAGGCUCCAAGUCCGGCACAAACACGAGACCGCCCCUUCCCAUGCCCACUAAUAGAUGGGUUCACGACCAUCCCGAUCCUAUCUGGAAGUUUUGGCUCGAGCUGGCGGAUCCGAAAAUUAACCCGCACGCCGCGAAGUUUGGCGAUCCUCGCCUCUUCCGCGAGCACCAAGGCGAGUCGAUGGGGGUUGCCUUCACCAUAACCAUGUUCGAUAGGACCUUUAUUCAGCACCUGCUCCAGUGGGCUGGCAGCACCCAUGGCACAUGUCCUCUCCUCUCGUUCCGCGACAGCCCGUGGCUAGUCUCCAUUACGAUACCAAAGCAGCCCUAUUUCACCGACCAGGACGAGGACACCACCGUCUUUUGGGGCUACGGACUGUACCCCGACCAGCCUGGCCGCUUCGUGAACAAGCCAAUGACGGAGUGUAGUGGUAGGGAAAUCCUAACGGAGAUCCUCCGGUUUAUGGACUACCCCUUAGAACCGACACUGGAGAAUUCCAUAACGCUUCCCGUGCUGAUGCCCCUCAUUACGAGUCCGUACAUAAAGAGGAAGAAGGACAGCCGGCCGCAGGUGGUCCCCAAGGGCAGCAAAAACCUGGGCUUGAUGGGCCAGUACGUGGAGAUUGAGAGGGACGUGACGUUUACGAUGGAGUAUUCCGUGCGGUCGGCGCAGACGGCGGUGUAUGAGCUGAUGGGGUUGGAUAAGAAGCCGCCGGAGGUGUUUGGGGAGGAUCCGUCGGCGGCUGUCCUAGGAGAGGCACUGAAGACGUUGAUGGUUUGA